AUGCAAGUCAGCGGAGGACUGCUGUUUGCCCAACGAAGUACCCUUCUCUCAGGCAACACACCCUGAAUUCUUGAGCGGCUUCAGUCAAGCAAUCCAUGCACGGGUGGGUACCUUGCGCUGCUGACGACGUCAAGGACAAAACUUCAUUUUGCCCGCCGGAGAAAGUAUCAACAUUCCAUCGCCGUCACUGGUUGUGUGCAAGUGCAUCAUCUUCGUGCACUGCGCCCUUGGGGUCUUGCACAUGAACAUGACCUAUGGGUUGCGGUGCCAAUCGUCCAACUCUACAUCCAUUGUGCUUGAAUGGCAUGAGAGAGCUCCGCGGUACUUGGUGGAGUACAAGCGAGCGAGCGAGGAAUGGGGAGGGCGAGGUUGUCGGGCAGAACACACCGGCUGCGGCGCGCCGAGCAUUUUGGUGGUCAGCCAGCUGCAGCCCUCUACGGACUACGUCUUCCGUCUGCACUCCGCAAACGCAGAAUGCCAGUUCGGUGACCCUGGUCCAGAAGUUGUUUUUAGUACGAAGGGAAGAAAAAGUGGAUGCUGCGUGGUGUCUUGACGUCAUCGGACGUCGGGGGCCUCAAGACCGCCGACGUCCAAAAGAAGGAAGGAGAAGAAGGAGUUCUACGCCAGCGACAUGCUUGGUGUGCCUUUCGCUGUCAGACAAUCGGAGCACACUCCUAUUGGGUUGAGAACGGGGCGAGGCAGGUUUGUUAGUAGAGCGGGGUCGUCGUGCAGGAGUGCGGCUUUGGCGGCGGCGGGGGUGGGGGUGGGGGCACAGCGGAAUGCAAGCUUGGCAGGUCCAGGGUUUAAACUUUGACCUGAGACACGUGCAAGCGAAACGACUGUACAAUAGUAAACCAAGCGUAGUUACCGUUGUUUCGAGCUUCUGCGAUUUUUUGACAGCGUAUGUUAUGUGUGGGUGGGGGCGGAGGUUUGCUAGUUUUUCCGCAACGAUGCCAAUCAUGGUGUUGUGAGUGAGAGCUUUUAAUUAUGCACGAUGCCCCGUGACAGGCACCUAAUCCGGCUCCAUGCACGACCCCAAAUAAAUGCCGUAACUCAACCGAAGGUGUGGAGUGGCGCGGGACAUGGGGGGGGAUCGUUUGCCUACUCUCCUUUUGCGUGGCCUCAUGUCAAGCGUGUCGGAACUGGACGCAGUACAGCAGUACAAUAGUUCAUUGUGUAAAUACGUCGUGUUUUUGCCGUCAAGGGAGCAGAUUAACACGUCCAUGGUGUUGAGUGGUGGCAUGUGGCAUGUGUAAUGCUUUUUGUGUUCGUGAUCAUCCCGGGCGAUUCGCUCCCAAGAAAUGAGGGUGCAUGGAUGAGAUGACACGUUCACAGUGUUUUUUUUUUUCAGUAGUGAUACGCAUUCCCUGUACAAGCAGUUUCGGUAUUGUUCUCUAGUGGUAUGGUACAAGUUUGAAACACGCUGUUUAACCGUUUCGUUCGACGCCGUGCGCUGAUUACAGGUGCAUGUCAGCGCGACUUUGUGUCUCUUUGGAUUAUUUCUGUUUGUUUCGGUGUUGUUUUAUAUAACUACUGUAUGCGCCAUCGCCUGUACAAAUAGUGCCUUUGAGUUGCCCCUCUUGCUCUGCUAUCACCUAAAGCUAGCAUUAGUGGUUUUUAGCUCCGCGGCCUUGCUCCCCACCACAAUUUUCUCGUCAUUCCGGUAGGAUGAGACUACAUGUAUCGUGUUUUUUUCAUCAUUUUCGCACGCUUGUUACAGGUUUUCGUGUGUGUUUCUUCGUUUUUUAUACGUGAAUGAGUGCCCAGGAGCCGCGGCGUGCCGGGGGCGUUGUUUUCUUGGUGAGGAGAAUUCAUUUGUUGUUUGUUACUCAAUACUACUUCUCCCUUCUUCCCCUCGCUCCUCGACAAGCUUUUGCUUAGACAU